CGAUUUUCCCGGGGGAAGUUUGGGUCUAUCAUUUCCAAAACUCAAUAGUAUAUUUUGGCGUAUUGUUGCCAGGUUUCAUCAUACAACGGCGCAAACACACAGCUGUGGUAAAAUGGUUAGUGAUGAAAAAUAUAAGGACCCUUUUAAACUUGGAAGGAAAGACUUGAAAAAUCUCUAUGAAGAUAUUAAAAAGGAAUUAUGGGUGUCAACUACAGAACUGAAGGAAAUGUGUGAAUAUUACUUCGAUGGGAAGGGGAAGGCCUUUCGACCUGUGAUUGUGGUGCUAAUGGCUCGGGCAUGCAAUUUUCAUCAUAACAAAUCUGAGGAAAUGCAGGCAAGUCAGCGUUCCAUAGCGGCCAUUGCAGAGAUGAUCCACACAGCUACUCUAGUUCAUGAUGAUGUCAUUGAUGAUGCAAACUCACGAAGAGGAAAAUUGACUGUUAACCAAAUCUGGGGGGAAAGAAAGGCAGUCCUAGCAGGUGAUUUCAUCCUUUCUGCAGCAUCUCUAGCUUUAGCACGUGUUGGAAACACAACCAUUGUUUCUGUGCUAACGCAGGUGAUUGAGGAUCUGGUGCGUGGUGAAUUUCUUCAGCUGGGUUCCAAAGAAAACGAAACAGAGAGAUUUGCUCACUACCUCGAAAAAACAUUCAAGAAGACUGCAAGUCUUAUAGCAAACAGCUGUAAAGCAGUGUCCAUUCUGGGCUGCCCUGAUCCCAAAGUUCAUGAGAUUGCAUACCAAUAUGGAAAAAAUGUCGGCAUAGCAUUUCAGUUAAUAGACGAUGUGCUAGAUUUUACAGCAUGCUCCAGUCAGCUAGGGAAGCCAGCCUCAGCAGACCUUAAGCUUGGAAUAGCCACCGGUCCCGUCUUAUUUGCUUGUCAGCAGUUUCCAGAAAUCAAUGCUAUGAUAAUGAGGCGAUUUAGUUUGCCUGGAGAUGUUGAACGUGCACACGAAUAUGUUUUCCAGAGUGAUGGUCUACAGCAGACUACCUACCUCGCCCAACGCUAUUGCCAUAAGGCGAUACAAGAGAUCAGCAAACUCCGGCCGUCCCCAGAAAGAGAUGCCCUCAUACAGCUGGCGGAAAUGGUCCUUUCACGAGACAAAUGACCCACCCCUCCUUCCACUCGUUCUGGCAGCUAUUUACCAGACUGUGCCUAAAACUACACUUCAAAACAUCUUAGCUUGCUCCCAAUGCAGUUACAAUUUUUUUAAUUACCUUUCACUUUCCCCCUAAAAUAUGAAGAAUUUAUAUUGAAGGAAGCCACAUAAAAUGAUGAAAUACCAGUCUAUGAAACUGAUGCGAAUGCCUCACGGCUACUUUUUGAUGUGGGAUUCUUGUCUUGUGUAGGCAACUGUUUACAUUGUUCACUGUCAACAUCCAAGGCCAUAAUGAGAAUAAAUACAAUCAAUGUGUUGAAAAUCA